ACAAGUACCGGCAUCGCCAUCGUCUAGUACGCAUGUACAUAUCAAAGAAAAUCUCAACGACUCAAAAGGCAGUGAACCCAGAGUUGGUGCCUUCGAGCCUGUGGAGAAUCAUCUGUUUUCAUCUCACAAGACGCCAUCGCUAAAAAGUAUUGUUUUGGUCGGCUUGCUUCAUCACAUAUUUCGGAAAUUAAACUGCUUUAGAUUUUUCACCGUUCGUUGGCGUGAUGGCGUGUGGAGCUACUCUGAAAAGAACUCUGGAUUUUGACCCAUUAAUGAAGCAAAACUCCCCCAAGAGGAGGAGGUGCACCCCGGUCAGAUCUCCCGUCUCCUCGCCUCAGAAAUAUCUCCGUCUGGAGCCUUCGCCGUUCGGACAAGUGUCCUCCAGGCUCACCACAGAGCAAAUGUUGCAGAAUAUCAAACAGGAGUAUAAACGGCUGAAAAGACGGAAUAUGGAGAGUUCUCUCCAGCAAGUAGACUCUUUUGCUCCUCUGGACCUUCAGAAUAUUCCUAGUGGAUCCUUCACAUCAGGUUCUAGCUCAGGCCCGUCCUCGCCCACCAGGAAAGAGCAGCCCCUAUUUUCCCUCAGACAAGUGGGGAUGAUCUGCGGAAGACUACUGAGGGAGCGUGAGGAUAAAAUACGAGAGGAGUAUGAUGAGAUUCUCACAACAAAACUAGCAGAGCAGUACGACGCCUUCGUUAAGUUCACACACGAUCAGCUGAUGAGGAGGUUUGGUGAGCAGCCUGCGAGCUAUGUUUCUUGAGUGGCAAAUAAAAUCCGUCCAAUCUGCUGGAUGCUCCUCCAAGGACUUCGUGGUCUGGUUGGACUUUUCCCUGGCUGUGCCAUAUCUCCUCCAAGUGGACUUGUUGCCUCGCUCGGGCAUCCAGUCUUUGGCUUCCAUGUUUGCUGUCUGGAGGUCUCCCUGCUGUCCACACAAAACUCCACCGGUGGCCUCUUCUUAUUUAUUUGGCUUUCUUCUUUGGAUGUCUUCAUACGAGGCUGACUGCCACCAUCACUCUGGCCUUUUCAAUGUUAUCUUAAUAUUGGACAUUUUCCUUUUGAACAUUUUGGAAAAAGAAAUAAACGUUGACAACAGAUGCAUUUGUUUUUUCAGCUGUUUUGAAGCAUUUAAUACAUCUAUUUGUAUACACUGUAUUUUUUUUUAUUUUUUUUUGCUUCACUUUUACUCAUUAUACCAAAACUUACUUAUUGUGGCAAAAAGGAGCUUAAAUGGGGAAAACUAAUAAAACUGUUUUCAAAAACG